UGGAAACCUCACUUGCAACUCGACCACGGUCAGGAAAGGGUACGAAUCCUUCCACGAGUACGAGUCAGCUAGCCCGGUACACGUAUCAAUCGAUCCUUGAUUACUCUAUCCGAGAGGAAGAGAUGAAGUUCAGCCUGUUCUUGUUGUUUUGCUUGUUCGUCGUCUUCACUGACAAGACUAUCGGUAGCCCCUACAUCGACGACGAGGAAGAUUCGCUGCAGGUUGCGGAUUCGGAUUAUACAGACAACGCAUUGGAGAAUCUGAUGAGAGCGGCUCAACAAAAACGUACCUCGUUGAUCUACUUAUUCAGGCGAGCCUGCAUAAGACGGGGUGGAAACUGUGAUCAUCGACCAAAAGACUGCUGCUACAGUUCCAGUUGCAGAUGCAAUUUGUGGGGCUCAAACUGUCAGUGCCAACGAAUGGGUCUGUUUCAGAAAUGGGGCUAAACGGCUCGUCCGUUUUCCCUUUUCUUUCGGCGAGAACGUUUCUCCUUUUAGCACGCGACGCGAUUAUCCGCACCACUCGUACGAUUCCAUUUCAAGAUUUCGUUUCGUCUCUCCAUAUUUUUCCUCUUUCAUACUAUUAUCCUUUUCACCAUCUGCCAAUGCUUUGCAGUUUUAAGCGGUUUUCUUAUACAAAUUUUUUACCGUUGUCCGCUGUUCACGGUCUAAAAGUUCCACGUGUUAUCGAUUAGAUUCCGAUAGAAUUUCAUUUGCGGCGUACGAUGGAAGAAAAACAGCGAUCGAGAAAAACCUAUCGAUAAAAUAGCGAGCUUCCGAAUGUGUGCAUCGCGGAGAGGCUGAGUUUUUAUGGUAUUUUUCCCUGUUGCUUCCUUUGCCUCAAUUUUUUUCAAUUAUCGUCGAAAAUACUCGACCAAGUCUAUGUAUCUCUUUGGUUGGUAUCUUUUUUUGCUUAUAUUUUCAGCGCACAUCUCGUAUCUACCUCUCUAUUGUACUCGAUUUGUACUCCCCUAUUGUACUCGAACGAUAAACUUCAUCCACAGCCAGUUCUUCAUUUUCUUUCAUUCUUUUUUAUUACAUAUUUAUAUAUUUUCCCGUUACAUUCUUUAAAUGAAAUUAUUACGUUUUGCGUCCUUUCGUUUCUUUAUUCUUAUUAUUAAUUAAGAUGGACUUGGUGGCCUUGCGCAAUCUCAAACCCCAUCGAGACAUAGCGGGAAGUAAGGAAAUAAAGUCUGACUGAUCGUUUUACUACAUUCCUAUAGGUGGUUUUUUAGUUUCUCUAAGAGGCGAAUGGAACUAUCGAGUAGCAUGUAAAAAAGGAAUACGAAGCGGUUCGUACGUUAAGGAAACCGAUUCUUCCCCUUGAACGACGAUAAUAAGUUUUUGAACGAACGAUGCAACAAUAAUUGUAAGUCUGUAUCUAGCGCAAGGAGAUGUACGUUUUAAGUUAAAACUCGCCUACAUUCUGUCAGCCUUCGAUUACUUCAUGCUCCAUAAUUAUUUUCGAAGAAAACUCAAUUAAAUGGUAUUAACUUAAAACGGUACAAAAUGGACAAAAAUUAGCGAACAGGCGUUUUGCUUUGUGAUAGAUUUCCGCAUUGCCAAUAUACUUGCUAUGAAUCCCUCGAAACUUUCUGUUCCUCGUAAGACACUUAUCGCGUAAUCGAGAAUCGUGCCUGUUAUCUUCAUAAAAUAAUUAUCACCAAGAACAGAAAAAAAGAAAGAGAUUAUAUAAAACUAGCAUACAGAGUGGAUGAACGACUAAUAGCGAAUAAAACAUUUCAUCAGGCUCGAUUCUCUGAUGUUUCAGGCCGUCAUCUUGUUCGAUCGGCGAUAGAUGAUCAAAAAUUGAACGAUUCGAUGAAUUUUCAACGAAAUAGAAAAAUCCUAUGGGUCUUCUACUGUCUUCUGAUUGGUGUUUCCUCUAGUCACUUUUAACAAUCAGACGUCGGUGUCCUAUGGAUUUAUCGCUGACGAGGAUGAUCACGGCCGAUUCGUAGAAUAAUCGAUCGAAGCUAUUUAAUAAAAUUGAUUCCUGAGAUGUAGAGAGAGAGAGAGAGAGAGAGAGAGAGAGAGAGAGAGAGAGAAAGAGAGAAACUCGCGUUCUCAUGACACGAGAUCAAACAUCUCUCUUAUUUAAAUUUUAAACGCACGUGUAUGCAUUACUAAUUAUUAAUGAAAAAUACAAUAAUGAAUGUUAUCGUAUCGUAUCGGAAGGUGGAUGUACAUGUACCGAUAUAUUAUAUGGAAAUAUAAUAUAUAUUAUAUAUGUAACGACAAA